AUGCAGUACUACCAUGUUCCUCUGCAUAGGGGAGGUGCAGGAGCAGCUGCAAGAAGGGAACCCAUUUGCCUGCGCGUCCGGAAGGAGUCGUUCUACCGCCCCACCAGGCUGUGAUACCCAAGAUUUGAGAUUCAGGAGUGGGUACAGCAGCCCUCAAUUUCCAGUCCAUCCAGAGAAUGGCUCAUGGAUGGGAUUCAUAUUUCCAUAAUCUCACACCUCUCUCAUCGGAUUCUGGGACUCUGAGGACGUCAGAGUCCGAGGGAAACAUUUCCCAACAUUCAGAAAACGUAAUUGGACAUAAUGUUUUCUCAGGCACAGCAGCUUUACAAGAAGCCCCCUUACCAAACUCAGACUUCAACACUAACUAUUGCACAAAUCCUAGUCUUGAAAAUUCCAAUUCAGACUGUGUUUAUCAAAGGUAUUGCAGUGAAGUACAAUGGCAAGCUGAUGGAGAACAGCUGGAAAAGGAUUAUUUGCAACGAUGUGGAAAUGGGGAUUUCCCAGACUUUGCCACAGAGGGAUUACCAACAUCUGAAUCGUUUCCUUCAUCUUUUGCACCAGAUUUACAUGGACUUAAGCAGGACUGUGAAAUUCUAGCUUCAUCGUGUCUCGAGAACUACUCUGAUGUCAGCAGCUGUUCGGAUACAGAUGUUACUGAAACACGACCUUCGUGUAAAUUCAUGGAAAAGGAUUCAUUUCCAAAACAGAAGACUGAAAUUUUUUCGAAAGACAGUUCAUCAGAGAGCUUUUUUACUGAGACUGGAAAUAUAACUUUCCUUACUGAAAGCCUGUGUGCUAAUAUUUCAGAGACUAAUGUUUUGCCAUCAAAUGUGAAAGAUGGAGAACACUUGGAAGGAAAAGUUUCAUGUGCACAAGAAAUUUUUGUAGGUCCAGAAAAUACCAUCAAAAACAACAAACAACGCAGUCCAUCCUCUACUACCUCUUCGACAGUGGCAACUACAGAAGGUGAGAGUGCAUUUGAUGGGUAUGACCAUGAAGGUUUUCAGGAAAAGGGAAAAAAGGACAAUGUGGAGAGAAAUCUUAAAGUUUGUUCAUAUUCAGACCUCUCAUUGCCAGAGGACAUGACUGGAGAUGGAAAUUUUCUGAAUCCGGUUGACAAGGAGGAACAGAGCCAGAUCAUGCAAACUUCUCCAGAUCUGUUUAACAGUGAGCAACAACAUCUGGAUGAAAAGCCUUUAAUGGAAAAUAAGAAUGGAAGUGAGGAAUUCAAUCUAGACUCAACCUAUGGUCUAGAAAGAAAUAGUACUGAUAAUGCGUUGGACAAAUGCAAUGUAGUAAGAAAAGCUGGAUCUUCAGUUGAAAACAAAAUUACAAAUGACAAUGAGUAUUUAAUUGCCAAUUCCACCGUUUAUGGAGUUCAACAUUUUGAAACUGAAUGUCAAGUGAAAGAAAUUCAGAACAACACCCCGCUGUCUGCUGAUCCACCAGCCUGCAAGGAGCAGCAGUCUUUUCAAAGUUUUGUCCAGGAAAGUUGUCAUAAAAGCCUUGGUGAGACGAGUGAUGAGGAUUUAAGUAUUGCCAAUGUUGAUAAAGGAAUCAAGAAAGAUGGAUCAUGUCAGUCAUCUACAACUUUUACUCCGGCUGUAAAUUGUAGUGGUUCAUGUGACAUUCAAGCCAGUAGUCAGGACAAGCAAGGCUUUGCUCGUCUUGUAGAACCUGGCUUACAGUUGAGUAGAGGUGCACAUACAAAUUCACAAGAGGUUCAGAAAUUACCAAGGGAAGCAAACAUAACAGAACCUUCCAAAGAUGCCGAUAGUAAUGGUACUAAAAAUACAAAUGCUGAGAAUUCUGCAAUUGAAAACGGUCCUGAUGCUGCUAUUCAUGUUCAUUUCUGCUCACAGGAAAAUGGGUUGAGCACAGAUAUUCUUCCCAGUUUAGAAAUCGAAGUAGGCCUGUCAGAGAAGUUUCCCCCAGCUUUCACUCCAGGCCCACAUUAUAGUGCUCCCAGUGUCACAAAUGACAAUCUUUCUAUUGAUAUUGAUGACAAGAACACUAAAGGGGUUGACUGUCCUGAUUCCUGCUUGCAACCAAAUAGUUUAGGUACAAGCAUAAAUCCCUAUCAAGAAAUGGAAACAAAUCUAUUGGAGAGGAAAACUCUCACUGUCUCUCCAAGUCCAGAUAAUUGUGGACCCAGAGUCACAGGUCUUGACCAUGAUGCAAAAGGAAAAAAUCGUCAAAGUGUGGAAACUAAACCCAAAUCUUCUUUACAAUCUGAUGGCUCAAACACAGACUUGCAUCCAUGUAUUGCCGACCAACACGAAACUCAAUCUGAGAGUAUAACAUUUCCAACCAAUCUCGAAUUUAAUGGUCAAGCUGUGAAAACCAACACAAAUUGUUGUGCUGAAGAAUGGAUGGAUGCAGAAAAGAAAAUGACUAUCUCCAGACCAGAUCAGCUCCAUUCAGUAAAUAAAGGUCCCAAGGUACAAAAAGCACAGAAUUCUGUCGAAAGUAUUUCUGAAAAUGAGGAUUCAAACACCUUUAAAGAGGACCAAUCAAUGCCUGACCCGCUGUUUGGUGAACCUCUGUCAAGAGAGGACUCUUCUUGUGACUCUGAUGAAAUAGACAUUGACCCAUCUGAACUUGGGAAAACAACUGUGAAAGAACCUGUUGAGGAAUCGGCACUUCAUCUCAAGUCCUCUUUACAAAUGAGAAACUUGCUUCACCCAGUUGUGAUACUAAACACCUCUGUGUCAACAGAUGGAAUGAACAACUCCUACCAUUGCACAGUUUGUCAACACACCACCCAUAAAGUCGAUGAUUUUAUUGAGCACCACCAUUGCUGCCAUCCAAUGCUUAGUUUUAAGUAUUGCCAGAUUUGCAGUGUCUACCUGAUAAACAAUGAAAAUGGCAAAAAGCAUUUGUGUUCCGUGAACAAAGAAACUCCUCGACUCUCUACCAGUUCCAUAUCGAGAAAGAAAGGAAAAUUCAUGGGUCGCCAUAAUUGCAGUAAAUGUGGACUCAUAUUUUCAAAACUAAUUCAUUACAUCCAGCAUAUGAGGUCUCACACUGGGAAAACACCAUAUAAAUGUAAUGGGUGUGACUUAUAUUUUGCACAAUCUAGUUCCCUGCGAAGACACAAGAGCGUACCUGGAAGAUGCAAGUUGUCCCAACUGCCAGUUAGAAAUUGUGAUGCCAAUAUCAGUGAAAGUAAAACCUCACCACAAAAAGAUGUGCCACAAAACAUUUUCAAUCACAGCAUGAAGAAAUGUUAUGUUCGGCUUGUUGACAUUUCCAGGAGGAACCUGUGUCACAUAUGUGGUAAAAGUUUUGCAUCGGCAGAGAAAACCAAAAAGCACAUUUACAGUGUGCACCAGAAAAAGAAAUCAUCAGCUGAUCAGUCUGCCACAAAUGACACUGGUGGGGAUACUUCAGAAAGGAAUAAUAAGACCACAGAAAAAUAUAAAUGUCCUCUUUGUCCACGACUUUUCAAGUACUCUUACAACAGAGCUCGGCAUUUGCGUGACUGUGUCAGAAACGCAAUCUAUGGUGGCAAGGAAAAAGUUGAACACAAGUACGUGUGUCCCUUAUGCAAAGCUGCCUUCACAUUGGCAUCCAACAGAUAUAGACACAUUAAAAGUAUUUGCCUAAAAGAAAGUCUUAAUCGACUUGCAAAAGAAAGGGCAAACUUAUGGAAAGACACUGAGAAGCAAAAAAUUAAUGAAAACGUGCAAGAGGCCCAGUCAACCGAAAAUGAGCAGAAUGCUGUGCAAAAGGAACAUGUUCUGAAAGAGAAAAGGAAAGAGCAUGAACCAAAAAAGAAAGCACUCCAAGCUUCUUCUCUUGGAAAACCCAUUCCGCGUUACAAGUGCUAUUACUGUCCGGCACUUUUUUGUCAUCCCUCUGGAAAGUAUAGACAUAUGAAAAAGCAUGACUUGACCAAACUCACAGGGGAAAAGUUCAAAUAUAGGAAUUCAGUUUUAUCUUUCGGGUCUAAACCACAGACGGAAAGUAGUACAAAAACUGAAGAGACCACUGAGCAAUUGCAAACCGCUGCAGAAAGCAAAUGUCCUGAACUGAGCUGUCGUUUUUGCGGAAAGUCUUUCACCGCGUUGUCAUCUCGGACGAGGCAUGAGCAGAAUCAUCGUGGCGAAAGACCAUACCGCUGUCUAGAAUGCGGUAAAGGAUUCAAGAAACAUGCCCAUCUGAUCGGCCAUAGAAUUGUUCAUCAGAAAAAGGUACAAUGCACAGUCUGCAAAGAUAUUUUCCCAACUGUUGGAGAACUGCUCCAGCAUAGGCGCUCCCAUCUGAAAAGGGGAAUGCUUCAGUGUCCAGACUGUCAAGCACAAUUCCAGUAUCCUGCACACCUACUCAGACAUCUGAAGACCCAUUCAAAUAAAAACAAGAAGGCACGUGAGCCUAAGGAGACUGCAAUAAGCUUACAGCAGUCCUCAGAAACUGUUAAAGAGCAGAACCAAAAGCAGGUGGAGUGUACCUUAUGCAAAGAAGUGUUUGAUGAUCUCCAUAUACUGAGAAAACACUGUCUUACGCACAUAUCGGGUUCCUCUUUAAACGAGUGUCCAUUUUGCAAGGUUAGUUUCAAUGAUCGCCGCUAUUUGCUGCGUCAUAUGGACAAACAUACUGGAGACAAACCUUUAUCUUGUACCAACUGUGGAAAACGGUUUUAUCGAUCUGUGUUUCUCAGACUUCACUCUCAGAAAUGUUUUCCCCCACAAACCAGUCAUUCCGUCAAAAUAGAGCCCAACAAUAAGGCAAAUCCCAAACCCCUUUCAUGCCACAUUUGUCCAAGGCAAUUUUGUAAAAAGGAUCGUUGGCAAAACCAUAUUAUUGGCCACAGGAAAAAUACUCUACUUCUGUGUUCAGGAUGUGGGCAGUACUUUGGACAGAAUAAAAUAGGUCAACAUAAACUCGGGUGCAGCAAAGUUACUGAGUCCCUCAAUGAGGAUACAUCAACUACUUGCAAUUUAAAGAAAAGCCCUUUAAAAGCAAGUCAAAUUGAAAAUAAAAGGCCUUUAAAGUCCAGGCCAACUGUGGUGCUCAAGUUUAAAUGCCAUUACUGUCCACAGAGGUUCAGGUACCGAUCAUUAUACUUGAGACAUCUUGUUUCACAUACUGGAGUGCAACCAUAUGCAUGUAUGCGCUGUGGAAACAGAUUUGGAAGUCAGACAAUGUGUUUGCAGCAUGAAGCAUUCUGUGAUGGUGUGCCCAAACAGGGACAGCCGCAAGUCAAAUGUCAUGCUGCUGCAGAGAUGGACUCCCUUAGAGAGGCGACCCAAAACCCCCAACCUCAGUGCGAAUCUGAAUUCAAAUGUAAAUUCUGCACCAAGACUUUCUUGAAAGCACGAAACCUGAGAUGUCACAUUUUGACACACAAUGAAGUGAAGCCAUAUCGCUGUAAAGCCUGUGACAGCUGCUUUUCAAGGUAUGAUCAUCUGAAAGUGCAUCAGGCUCGCUGCAAAGCCAAAAAGAAACGACUGGAGGUCAGGAUCCCCAAAAUAAGUUUAGAUGAUGUCGGCAAAGGUUGGCAAAGUAAGUUCGGCAUAAAGCCCAACGAAAACCAAGAGACAUUUAACUGUGAAGUCUGCUUGAGGAGCUUCCCAUCAAAGUCCAAACUUUCCAGACACUUCACAAUGUUCCAUGCAACAAAGCCAUUCCCGUGCACACGAUGUAGCGCAUCCUUCUCUCAUGAGAAAACUCUGAAACAGCACAAGAGGAUGAGAAAAUGCAGAAAACCCCGCAAUCAAACAAAUGCUUCUCUACCACUGGGAAUUAAUCAGCCUUCAGAAAACGUGACCAGAACAAUUGAUGGAAUGAGGAGUCAAAUCCUAGUGAGUAUCCAACCCCUUUUAAACAAAAAGUUUAAGUAUUUCUGUGGCUAUUGCCCCCGUGCUUUUAAAAACAGCUGGCAGUUAGGUAUGCACACUCGUUUACACACAGGAGAGAAGCCAUAUCCCUGUGAGUAUUGCGGAGAAAGAUUUAUGAGGAAAGAUUAUGUGAAUCGCCAUUAUAUAAAGUGCACCAAGAAACAACAGAACAAUCAAGUUCUCUGUGACAGAUGUGGAGGAUUCUUCUCGAAAACCAACCUUGAAAAUCACAAAAAAACUUGCACUCUAAGACAAGGCUCAUCAAGUGUUUCCAAAAGCCAGCAGCCAACUGUUUCAAGCCCACCAAAAGGGUUUUCAUGUGCAUACUGUAAUUCAAGAUUUUUGCUUUUUUCACAGCUCCAAGAGCAUUUUUUGAGCACACACAAGAUGGAAACAGUUAAUCCGCAAGUGUCAAGUGCUCCCUUACAACAGCUUCUGUUAAAUAUACCAAACAUAAAAGAAGAGCCUAUGGAUGAGAGUUGUGAAGAGAGGCUGAAUGAUCAUAACUUAGUCCGUAAACAAGACAUACCUCACAACAGUGGAUCCACGGACCAGCUUGUCUGCCAGAAGUGUAAUAUGUCCUUUACUAACAAAGCUGGACUAGUUGGCCAUCAGCGUGUUCAUGCGACAGAACUUCCCUUCAAUUGUAAAAUAUGUAAGAGGGGUUUUUGGAAUAAGACUGUACUCCGCAAUCACUAUCGGAAAUGUAGACUUGACGCAACCCAACGGUUGGAAGUUCCUUUGAAAGCAAAGAUUGAUUUUGCUCUGAAUGACUCCAAGGUUGUGAUCAAAGAAGAGCCAGAGACAACUUCCACUGGGGUUUUGCAGACAAACGUCUAUAAUGAUGACUCAAAAGUUGAAUCCCAGCAAAGCUCUGAAGAACAAAAGAGCUCAAAUAAAGAGAAGAAAACCGUUCAAUACCAAUGCUCUGAAUGUGACAAAAGCUUCACAGAUGGCUUGAUGCUAAUUAGCCACCUUGAAGACCAUGGAAGAGAGGAGCAAGAAAGAAAGCGUAACACAUGCACACAAUGUGGGCGAGUGUGUUCUAGUCAAGCAAACCUUGAGAAACACCUUAAGUUACAUGGAAUUAGCCCAAAAUACCCUUGCAGUGACUGCUCCAAAGUGUUUCCGACAAUAUCUGAUCUCGACAAACACAGGACAUUGCACAACACACAUAAACCAUUUUCUUGCAAACUGUGCAAGCAGAGUUUUUUUUCAAGACCGUCAUUAUGCGACCAUUUCAGUUCAGAUCAUGCAGAUGAUGUAUAUUAUUGUCACUUCUGCAGCAAAGUCUAUGCAGUGAAAAAAUCUCUGGCUAGACAUUACAAAAGAUGGCAUCCAAAUGAAUGGAAGGAUAUUGGCAGUGCAGCGCUGAGGAAGGGCAGCAGUGACCAACUAUCUAGCAGCCAUGUGAGUACGACUGGAGAAAGUGAUGAAGAUGAAAUUAAUGGCAGUGACAGCAACUCAGACUCUGCACCUUAUUUCCCAUGCCAUGUGUGCGGCAAGACGUUCUCAACGUCAGAAAGCCUCGAGGAUCAUCAGUUGUGUCAUCUCGGUGAAAAGCCGCACGAGUGUGCAGAAUGUGGUAAAUGUUUUUUCCAGGCAACCCAGUUGCAGCAGCACCAACGAAUGCACAAGUCCGAAUAUCAGUGUCAAACGUGCGGUAGGGGAUUUGUCACGCUCUUUGCUCUUCGGAAUCACAAGCAUUCGCAUGGCAAGAAUCGUCCUCACCGUUGUUCCAAGUGUCUCCUCAGUUUUACAGGACCCACACAACUAGCAGAACAUAUGUCCACCCACCGUGAGGAGAGCUUCCCAUGUGAUAUGUGCAGUCGGGUGUUUCAGUCCAAGAGUACUCGAGCUGAGCACCGGAAAAGUCACUCCAAGGCAGAGGACUACCCCUCAGCCUCCAUAUCAAGAGGAAACAAUGGACCAUCUGUGAGCUCAAGUUUUUACUUGACAGAUUUUAAAUAUCGCUGUGGUAUUUGUAGAGAGCGUUUCAGAGACCCAGAGGAGCUCUCUGAACAUGGUUGCAUGCAAGCCAAAGAGCGACCAUACUCUUGUACAGACUGUAAUAAACACUUUCUGCAUCCAUCUCAUUUGAAAAAGCACCAGACCACCCAUCAACCGUUAUGGUUGAUGGGUGACUGCGAGUACCCAUGCAGUCAGUGCAACAGCAGAUUUCUAUCCUCCGCGCAGUUCCUCUGUCACCUCAAGAGCCAUGUUGAUACUGUAGCAGAAGCGAAGGGUGAAGAGCCUUCAAACUGUCUCAUCUGUCCCAUUUGCCAUCAAUGGUUUGCCAGUGCCACUCAGCUGAUUCAUCAUUUUUCCACACAUCCGGAUGCUUCUCCUAAACAUGGAAAAAAAAAACUUAACUCCUCAGAAAGUCAGGUCAAACAGCAUAAGGAAAGUCUGAAGAAACCAGCUGAAUAUGAAUGCAGAGAGUGUGGUGAAAGCUUUUCGGGGGUUGAUUUUUUGCGUCGUCACCGCUGUUCUAAUCAAAACCAUUGUGUAAAGAAAAGUAAACAUGUUAAUCGAUCAGCUGCAUGCCCUUCUCAGGUCACUGGAGAGGAGGAAGAGAUUGAUGUUACAGGAGAGGACUUGUUCAAGUGUCCUGAGUGCUCAAAACAGUUUUCCUCCAAGAGUGGUCUUUUGGAGCAUCAAAACAAGCACCAUAUGGAUGAGAAGCGGUUCAAAUGUGAGCACUGUGAAAAACAAUUUUCUAAGAUGCGAUACCUUAGAAAGCAUGAGAGUAGGCAUAGGCUGAAAGAGAGUGAUGACACUGUCGUUGAUGGAGUGAAGACCAGGUUCAAAUGUGCCCAGUGUCACGCCAAAUUCAAUACAGCCCAAGAAUUGUCUUUCCACAUGACAAUACAUGCUGGAGAGUACCGUUGUGACAUGUGUUACAAGUCAUUCAGUCAGCGGUCUCUUUUAAAGCAUCACCAAGAGAGCCAUGUUGGGGAGGUUGUCUAUGAAUGCACAGAAUGUGAAAAGGCAUUUGCUUUUCCUCAUUUACUGGAGGAACAUCAACAGACGCAUAACAAGACCUCUCACUAAUGGUUCCAGCAUAUCUGCCCUUCCAUUAUAGUCAAGGAUAUUUGAAAUCUCUUUAUGCCUUAUGUCUGGCUGUGUACUUCCUCUUGUACUCAAAAGGUAGAUCUUUGUUUUGUCCUAGCUGCAAAUGUUAAAAGUGCUUGCCUGCUGACACUGACAGAUCAGCAGUCCUGAGUUUUUUUGUGUAUAGUCAUGAUCUAAUAUAGUCAUUUGUAUACAGUAAAUUAGACUUAGUUUCUGGGAAGUGUUUGUAAAUCUCUGAUAAAAGUGGUAGGACAAACAAAGCUGGGAGUGAUGACGUUUUGUUUGAUAUAUUUUGAAAUACUAUUAAUUUUGUUGAAAAUAUGUAGACUACUCUGAUAAUUUUAAUCCAUUGAAAUUUUCUAUGGUAUGGCUAUUCCUGUAUCAUAUGUAAUUUUGUAAUUUUCUGUUCAUUUAGUGUUUUACCAAUGGUUACUUUUUUUUGUUUUUGGGGAAUGUAUAACAUACCUUCUAAAACAUUGAGAAUAUGCUCUAUUGAAAUGUUCUUUUCUUCAUCCGAGGAUGUUAACAGUUUUUUAUAUAAAUAUGUUGUUGCGUUCAGUCAAGGAGU